UCUGUGGUCAUUCUUGGCGUUUCUGAACGCCAAGCUUUGACACACUUCACCGUAAAAACAAUCUUCGCAGUCUCGCGAGUGAAAAACUGCACUUUUAUCCAUUGCUUUUAUCGCCCGCAAACCGCAAUAUUUUAAUCAUAACGCACAACGCAUUCGCAUCAAACCACCUACGCAGUCAAAGCCCAAAUUGCUCGUGACCCGAACCCCCUGCAGGGGAAACGAAGCCGAUCCAUCUUCAUUCCGGAGUGUCCCGGUGCCAGCGGUGGUCGAGCUGACGGAAGGGGACCCGAAAUUGGCUCAGAGGUUAGUGGGACCAACUAUUUCUCCUCUGCAAGCAAAAUUAUUUGGGAAACGUAAUUUGGACUUCCGAUUAAGAUCCCGCCUGGUGUGGCUAUUUACACGCCACACCAGUAUGGCUACAUAAUAUACCUAGUUUAAAGCGGUGAUUUAGAUUGGUGGUAGAUAGAAAAUAAUUGAGAAUCUGCUUUAGAUUUACGGAUGAACUUUCGGCAUUGUUCGGGCCCAUUUUAGCCUGUACCUAUUUGUUUCAUCUUGUUGGCUGUAGCUUGUUACUACUGGAAUGUUCGGAAGGUACAUAUUUUUAUACUCACUAACAUAGUUAACGUUAAGGGAUUAACAUUUAAUUACAAAAAUGCGUGUUUUGAAUUGCAGGUGGAUAUGGUGCAAUGUUACGUUAUGGGCCACUGACUUUACUCAUAUACGGUCAACUGAUUCAAAUGUCAGUCAUUUUUGAGAUGUUGGGUUCAGAGACUGAAAAGUUGCCAGAUUCAGCUUACUUCCUGCCGUGGGAGUGCAUGGACAACAGCAACCGGCGGACGGCGUGCAUCAUGCUGCACAAGAUGCAGUACAAGAUCAGCCUCAAGGCGCUGGGGCUGGCGGCCGUCGGCGUCAGCACCAUGACCGGGGUAAGGAAUACGAGUCCUUCAAUGUAG